AUGAAUCAAUAAAUUUAAUGUUGCUUUCGGUAUAUAAAAAAAAACACAAUUAGUACAUUUUUGAUGUGUGGAACUAAAAUUAAAUCUCUGUAAAAAACAUAAGCGAAAAUAAAGGUAAACAUAAUUCAAAACUGCGACCAGUUCUUAUUAUCAAAGAUGCAUAAAACACACGAAUUAGUAGUUAUUAAUAGUAAAAAUCAAGUGACAUGUGUGUUUUAUAUUAAAUCGUUAAUUGUUCGGAUUUAUAGGCUUGCUGGUUAUGUAUAAAUAUGCAUACACACUCUUCACACUAAUUCAAUUUUAUCCCUCUUCACUCCUCUCGGUAAUUGGAGGAAACUAAAAAAGGAAAAAAAAAUCUAAAUAAGAAUAAAAUUCCUAAAAAAUAAAUAAAAUCAAAAAUUUUGAAGAAACAAAUCCUCGAGUUAUGGUGUUUACAUAAAAUCUCUUUCUCACUUAAAACCCUUAGAGAAACAAAUCAUCGAAUCUUUGUUUUUUUAGAAUCAGUGAUUUUGUUUCCUUUCACGAGACGAAAUAACAAAUCGUCUUGUAAAAAGUAAACUCAUAAUCAUGGCGGCGGCGGUUGCGACGGGUGUCGCACCGGCAACAAUGGUUGAUCAAAUUCCGAGUCCGACGGCUCAGACUUCGGUUCAGGUUCCGGUUUCGAUACCUGCUCCAUCUCCGGCAGCGGUUGCCGAUCAAACACAUCCCAACUCGUCGCUCUAUGCGGGAGAUUUGGACCCAAAAGUGACUGAAGCGCAUCUGUUCGAUUUGUUCAAGCAUGUCGCUAAUGUUGUUUCGGUAAGAGUUUGUCGUGACCAGAAUCGUCGAUCCUUGGGAUAUGCCUACAUCAAUUUCAGUAACCCUAAUGAUGCUUACCGAGCAAUGGAGGCUUUGAACUACACUCCCCUCUUUGAAAGGCCCAUUCGGAUCAUGCUCUCGAACCGUGAUCCGAGCACACGAUUGAGCGGCAAAGGAAACAUUUUCAUCAAAAACCUUGAUGCUUCAAUCGACAACAAGGCAUUGUUCGAGACGUUUUCAAGUUUUGGAACCAUCCUCUCAUGCAAAGUUGCAAUGGACGUGACUGGCCGGUCCAAGGGGUAUGGAUUUGUCCAGUUUGAGAAGGAGGAAUCGGCUCAAGCUGCAAUUGACAAGCUAAACGGGAUGCUAAUGAACGACAAGCAAGUCUUUGUGGGACACUUCAUCAGACGUCAAGAACGUGCUCGUGAUGAAAACACCCCUACACCGCGUUUCACUAAUGUGUACGUCAAGAAUCUCCCCAAGGAGAUUGGUGAGGACGAGCUACGAAAAACGUUUGGUAAAUUUGGAGUGAUAUCGAGCGCGGUUGUAAUGAGGGACCAGAGCGGGAACUCGAGGUGUUUUGGGUUUGUGAACUUUGAGUGUACUGAAGCAGCGGCUUCCGCGGUUGAGAAGAUGAAUGGAAUUAGCUUAGGGGAUGAUGUGUUGUACGUUGGGAGGGCUCAGAAGAAGUCUGAGAGAGAAGAAGAGUUAAGAAGGAAGUUUGAGCAGGAGAGGAUAAACCGGUUUGAGAAAUCUCAAGGAGCGAAUCUGUAUUUGAAGAAUCUUGAUGAUAGCGUCGAUGAUGAGAAACUCAAGGAGAUGUUCUCUGAAUAUGGAAAUGUAACAUCUUCCAAGGUUAUGCUUAAUCCACAAGGAUUGAGCAGAGGAUUUGGUUUUGUUGCUUAUUCUAAUCCUGAAGAAGCUUUAAGAGCACUGAGUGAAAUGAAUGGGAAGAUGAUAGGAAAGAAACCACUAUACAUAGCUCUUGCGCAGCGCAAAGAAGAUAGACGAGCACACUUACAAGCGCUAUUUUCACAGAUAAGAGCACCAGGGCCAAUGUCGGGGUUCCAUCACCCGCCAGGUGGACCAAUGUCGGGUCCACCCCAGCACAUGUACGUAGGCCAGAACGGAGCAAGUCUGGUCCCGUCCCAGCCCAUUGGAUAUGGAUUCCAGCCUCAGUUCAUGCCCGGGAUGCGUCCAGGUUCUGGCCCGGGCAACUUCGUCAUGCCUUAUCCUCUUCAGAGACAACCUCAAACCGGUCCUCGUAUGGGAUUCAGGCGUGGUGCUACUAACAUGCAACACCACAUCCAACAACAACAACUUAUGAACCGUAACCCGACCCCGGGAAUGAGAUAUAUGAACGGUGCGGGUAACGGGAGGAACGGAAUGGAUUCGAGUGUUCCGCAAGGAAUCUUGCCUCCAAUCAUGCCUUUGCCAAUAGAUGCUUCUUCAAUUUCUCACCAGAAAGCUCCUCUCCUUCCAAUAUCUAAGCUCACUUCUUCUUUAGCUUCUGCUAGUCCAGCUGAUCGCACUCGGAUGCUUGGAGAGCAACUUUACCCACUUGUGGAAAGGCACGAACCACUUCACGUGGCUAAAGUCACAGGAAUGUUGUUGGAGAUGGAUCAAGCCGAGAUCCUGCACUUGAUGGAGUCACCAGAGGCACUCAAGUCUAAAGUAUCUGAGGCUUUGGAUGUUCUCAGGCUAUCUGUUGAUCCACCUGAUCAUGAGCUUGGUUUCUCUACCACCUGAACUUUGUUUUUUUCUAGUUUUGAUUUGAACUCCUUUUUUUUUUUUUUUUUUUUUGGUUUUAAGUCUUUCUUUACUCUUUAGCAGUUUUUUUAACUUAGUUUAUGGUUUUUGUGUUUUUCACUUAGUUUAUUGUGUUUAUUUCUGGACGAUGAUGAUUUCUUAAUAAUCUGCGAUUAGCUGAUUAUUAGUCUUUUUCAGAAAUCUGAAUAGACUUUUUCUUCUACAUUGUUGGAAUUCCUAACUGUACUCUAUACCUCAAUUUCCAACCUCCAAAAUAUUCUGCCUGAAAA